AUGUCGCUGUUGCGGAAACUGAGGAUUAAGAAAACCCACGAGAUGAGACAAUCAAAGCACAUCCCCUAUGGCGCUGUACCAGUGGAGGAAAGUCACUCGAAUCCAAGGCCAUCAUCAGAAUUCCAAUAUUAUACAACAAUCCAGCUUCCCGAGGUCGACGAGCAGAAGCUCCAACCGCAGCCCCUCAAGCUCUCUCAAGUGGAUAGAAUUUUUCGUCUGAUAUGGGACUUGAUUCUUGCCAUUGUAGCCUCACUCUUCACCGUGUUCGGGAUAUGGGCGCCCACUGUAUUCCCAGUCCUUUUCGCUGCCAUUGCUGGUAGCAGCAUCAAAAGUAUUGCAUCAUGGCGCAUCCAGACUACUCGAGGAGCAACGAUCGGGCUAGUAGAGCAAUGUCUCGGCAGCCAGACUAUCACAGGAGCCAUUCUGACUCACAUUAGACUCCGUGCUGUGAACCUCGUCGCGAUAUUUACCGUCUUGCUGUGGUGCCUGUCUCCGUUGGGUAGUCAGGCAUCUCUCCGAAUAAUUUCCAUCGUCCCGAGUUACCCAGGUAACCCGGUCGAGUUGACUACUUUGGAUACCUUCACCCAGUACCAGUACGGCUACGGGCAAGGAAUAUCGGAAGCCGUAACAUCAGUCGCCAAUCCUAUGACUGCUUCUCUGUCCGCAGCCUCCCUACUUGCAAACCGUAACCAAGAUCUUUGGGGCAACAUCCGGUUUCCUGUGAUUGAGAAUCUUGAGAAAAACAGUACAGGGUGGAUGGAUGUACCCCAAAAUGAUGACUUGACGUACGCGUCUCUUGUCGGUGUGCCGGUGAUUGGAUUGCCCAGCUCCGGCAACACAUCAUUUACCCUCCCAGGCUCGUAUCUAUCCAUCUCCUGUCCUGUCUUCGACACAUUACACAAUAUGAACCUCACCAAUUUCACCGGCCCAGACGCUCCGUCCCCGGGUAAUGGGGACGAUUGCAGCUGGACGAGCGCAUGGGGUGGAUUCCAGUUCCAGAUCGCCAUCUCGGAGCCGUGUUCGAACUCACUCAAUGCAUCACUGACGAGGACUCGGAAUGCCCGCAAGCUGAUAUGGGAAUCGUUCGAUCGUGGUUAUGCAGGCUCUGACGAGCAUCGAUCCCCCAUAACACGGGCCAUAUGCGAUAUCAGCACGACCUAUGUCGAAUCCAACGUGACAUGCGAGAGCUUAGGCGGGAGUCAGUCUACAAACACUUGCAACUUGUCCUCCGCUCGGCGGUCGGUGGAUAAAUCACAUUUCCACAAAAACUGGACUACCUUCGAUGUCAAUUUGGGCGCAGAUCCCAAGCUACCCAUACGAUAUAAUGAAGGGUUCUUGUAUAUCCUCACUACCCUGUUUCCCCACACCGAGCAGAACGGUGGUCUACAGCCCUUAAUUGGAUAUUUUAUCGACCCUUUUCAUGCUGUUGGAAACUUCUUUGGCGAGAAUCUCAUGUCGCCUGAGACCACGACACCGAAAGUCUUCGGCACUCGUCUAUCGCAGCUCUUCAAUUCUGUGCUCUACCUCGGUAUCAGCCCCUCGGCAUUCACGGGCUCUGUCAACAUGACGGAUAUCACACGGAAAACAAGCCCACUCAAGGAUACACCCAUCAAAUUCGCAGCCAACAAUACCCAUUUUCAAAACAUUGUCAGGUGUAAUUGUGCAUGGCUCGCCGUCCUCAUUAUUUCCUCGGUGGUGAUCUUCAGCUUUGCACUAGUGGGCGCAUAUCUCCAUAUUAUAACGAUCGCUCCCGAUCUUCUAGGAUCGAUCUCCGUUGCCCUGUUGCAAAACAAGACUGAAGGAAUUGUCGGAUCCUCUACGUGGUCUUCGGAGGAGUGGUCGAAGAAUAUGAGAGACACGAAACUAUGGCUUGGAGAUGUUCAGCCUGAAGCUGACGUUGGGUGCCUUGCUUUGACCACCGUAGCACAAGAUGUUCCUCCUGGUUCGGUCAAGGGAAGACUGUAUUAUUGA